AUGUCCGAUAUACCCCCAGAAGCCAUGACCGACGUCCCAACCCAGCUCCCGGAGCUACUCUCGCCAUGGACUCUGCCGUUUGACCUCGCCGAAGUCAUCCUCAUUCGCCUUCCGGUGAAAACCCUCAAGCGCUUCCGGGGCGUCGAGAGUUCCUGGCGUGCUCUGAUCGACAGCGAGAAGUUCGCCAAAGCCCACCUGAAGCAUUCCCUGACAUCCAACUCCAACCGGAAUAUCAUCAGCGGCGUGCUCGGCUUUCAAUGGAUGGGCCUGGACUCGCUCGACGGGGCACGGUCUAUCGAGCUGGAGUACGAGUACGACAAGAGACACAUGCACGCGGUUUCCAACUCCAUCAACGGUUUGUUUGUGGUUACGAGGGAGCCGGAGCCUCCGAUUCUGUGGAACCCUUUCGCGAGGGAGCACAAGGUGUUGCCCAAAUGUCCAAUUGAUUUCCCGCUUAAUUUCCCGCUCGUAUCGUCCUGCUAUUGCGAUAUCACGCACGGGUUCGGCUACGACUCCGAAAAUGACGACUAUAAGCUUGUGAAGGUUAUGUGGUUUAGAAAUCGCGAUGCCUGGUUGGCUUCCGAGGAGUGGAUUUACAGCCUUAAGUUGAAUUCCUGGAGGAGGACCAUGGGUACGUUCUACAGGGGGCCCUGGCCCACCCACGUUGAAGGAGUCCUCCAUGCCCUUGUUCGGACUGGUUGGGGUCCUGGUCUGUCCGAUACUAAAAUCAUGGGUUUCAAUAUUGUAAGCGAGAGGGAUCGUGAGGUGGCGAUGCCCAAGGCAGACGAGAAGGGUCUUGUUCAUCUGAAGCUGGACUUGUUCGAUGGACGUCUACUUGCUCUGUUCUGUACUUAUGCUUCUGAUGUCGUGGUCUGGGUAAUGGAGGAGUACGGGGUAAAGGAGUCAUGGGUCCCGUUGAUAACGACCCGGAUCGAGAAAGAUGGUUUUAUUUGGCCGAUUGCUUACACCAAGAAUUUUGACAAGAUUCUCGUCAACUGCAGUGGUAGAUCACUUGCUCUAUUUGGUGUGAGGAGUCCUAGUGUUGAGCAUUUUGCAUUGCCUUCUGGAGUUUGGAAUAAGCUUUGUGUUGAGACACUGAUUUCACCUCAGGGCUGGAACAGAAAGGAUUCCAAGGAAGAAAGCUCGACUAAGGAUCAUAUCGAGGAUGGAGGAAAUAUCAACAAUGGCAACGAGACAAUGAAGAACAAUGGGUCGGAACGCCACUCGAUUAGGCCACUGAGUGCAUAUUUGGCUCUUUGUUCAUCUAAUGUUUGCUUAGGUGAUAGAUCAUUGCACCGUGUGCCAAUGCUUCUCUAUUUCUUUCAAUGCAGGAAUGUUUCGUUAAAUGUUAUCAGUAGUUCAUCACUCACGCUUGUCUUGGCUCUUGAGAGGGCAGUGAUAUGCGGGAAUUUUCCUGGGUACUCAUUUGAGCAUGUAUGGAAAGCUCUUGAUGGUGAGGCAGCUGGAUUGGAGCUGGGGACUGUUUUCUUUGGUCUGGCUGGUGAUCUUGGCGGCUCAUAUUUUGGUGUCUCUGGGCGAACUGUCUUCUUGAGAGCCCGUGAUGGAGAUGCCAUGAAAGCCCGUGAUGGGGAAGCCAUGAAAGCACGCGAUGGGGACGCAGCUGGGGAAAAGGUGGGUUUGGUUUUCUUCGUCUUGGCUGGCUCAGAUUUUGCUGAGUCAUUCUUUGGUUUGUCUGUGUAG